AUGCUGCUGAAAGCAAAUCCCGGUGUGCCAGUAUUAUUCAGGCGAUUUAUUUCCACACCGAAAGCACUCCGCGACUUCAAGUCCAAUCUGGAGAUCCACAAACAACUCACGAAGGAGAAGCGUGAUCUUAUUUUGACGAUUUUAAAGUCUGCAGCCUCAAAACGAGAAGUUAGGAGCUACAUUCAAAAGUACCCAUUACUCAAGCAGAAUGAUAUCUAUGACAAUUCCAAUCUGGUGCGGCUGGAAAAUUCCCAGGUAGAACCUGGUUUCAGGCCCGAGACAAACACAAAGUAUGACGAGAUUUUGAAGUCCGUGGUGGACUAUACGCCUGCAAAGGGCGAGGAAGCAUUCCGAGUGUCGCCCUCCUCAAAGAACGAGAUCAGUCUUUCAGGCACUCUGAGACUGGGCAUCAUUCGGAUCCGUGAUUUGAAGCGAUUGAGUCUCGAUACAAUUACAGGAAUUGGCUCUACGGUGCACAAAUUGGUUCAAUUGGGAUUGAGUCCCCUGAUAGUAGUAGAUGUGGACUCGGAGAUGGACUCGCACGGCGAGAAUGGAGGGGCCAACUUCAUCAAGUUGGUUACCACGGCCAUUGUGGAGCAAUCGGAUCUGCUUAUAGACAAAUUCGAGAAUUUUUCGACGGAAAUCGAGCCGCUAUCGCUUCGUUCCGUGAGAGGGCUUUUCGAGAUCGAGGACGGCAACAUGAGAUUCACUCUUCCAGAGCUGUUACUCGUCCCGUUGGCUCAGGGAAUCAUUCCGGUAGUAGCACCAGUGGCUGUCAAUCUCGGUGACGAAACCCAAUCGUUUAUGAGAAGCAGUGAUGCCAUCAAGACCAUAGCUUCUGAAUUGAAGAGAUUCAACCAGGAGUACGUAGAUUCCCAUGGAGGGAAUCUCGAAUUGAACUCGUUGCUGACGGUUGAGAAGAUAAUUUAUAUAGACAAUGCAGGAGGGAUUCCAUCAUUGGAACGGUUCAAAAGCUCGCAUGUCUAUAUCAACCUUCUUCAGGAAUACGACGAUAUUGUUGCAGAACUCUAUGUUGGGUUCCUGAAGCCGGACUUCAGAGACCGUCAUUUGCAGAAUCUCCAAGAUGUGAACGAGGUUCUGAGUGUAGUCCCAGAGGCAACAGGUAUCAUCACCACUCCCGAGAUCGCGAUGUUGAGAUUGGAUGCCGAUACUGCCAACCCUCUCAUCUACAACGUUCUCACAGACCGCCCCACGAUUUCGUCGUCUUUGCCCGUGAACUUGAGACGCACUCCAAUGCUUAAUACGACGGUUGUCAAGAAGGGAAUGCCAUUGACCGUGUUCACCAGUGAGGCAGGAGAAGCUCCAAUUGACUUGGUCAAGUACGAUAAGGCCGGUCUGAUCGAUCUUCCAAGACUCAAAAACCUCAUAGACGAUUCCUUUGGAAGAGACCUGGAUCUAGACCACUACCUUCGCCGUGUCAACGGAAAGGUGGCUGCAGUUAUAGUGGCUGGAGACUAUGAAGGUGGUGCGAUCAUCACCUUGGAGAAGAGUUCAUAUUCAGACACUCUGGUGCCGUAUUUGGACAAAUUUGCGGUUUUGAGGAGCAAACAGGGAACUCCUGGAGUGGCAGAUGUGGUUUUCAAGGCCAUGCUCUCGCUAUUUGAGGACGAACUUCUAUGGAGAUCCAGAACCAACAACCCGGUCAACCGCUACUACUUUGACAGAAGCAAAGGAAACUUCACAGUUGACGGCAAUCUUUGGCGUGGCUUCUAUUCUGGAAAAAAGGUUAGAACUCGCCAAGACUUCAGAGUAUACAACGACAUCUGCGGCUCAAUUGAGCCUUCGUGGAAAAAGUAG